UCGAGAGCUUCAUUAGCAUAUAUACAAAUGAAUCCCACAAAAUAAGCUCAAAAAAUUAGCUGUCAAAACCUCAUUAGCCCAAAUCGCUGACUAAACGGUUACAAAGGUCCGCUAAACACAAACUCAAAACACAAACACAAACACAGAAGUCGAAAAAUGCACAUUGCUCGGUCUCCGACAACAAAAGGCCACUCUCAGAGAUUUGAAUGAGGAUGGAAGAGGAAUCGGGGAGGUUGGAGCUGCGGAGAAUGCAAAGGGAGCAAGAAAGAGAAAGGCGGCGUAUACGGGACAGGCAAAGAAGACAGUCUAUGACUGUUGAGCAGAGAGAAAAACAUCUUGCUAGGCGUCGUAGAAACUAUCAAUUAAGAAGGCUAAGAGCUGAAAAUGUGAGGUUGGGUUCUCAAACCGGAGAAAGAAGUGUUGUGUCUAGAAGUGAAACCAUCACAGUCAAUGAACAUCAAGCAGUAAUUUCUGUUUCAGGACCUAGUGACCAGUGUAAUACUGUUCCUCAUGUUCAAAUCAAUCAAGGCCAAGAAAAACUAAUUGUGGAAUGCACAAAGUCUGAGGGUUUGGAAGCUCUAGCCCACAAAUCCGCUCAUUUCCAAAGAACGUUACGUCUAAGUCACGUAAGACAUCUUGCUCGGACAUUGAAUCAUUCUGUGGGUGAGCUUACAGGCAAUUGCCAAGUCGUUGCAGCAGUUGUAAACAAGGGGGAUGUUACUAGCAACCGUUCUCCAGUUGGAGAUUCUGAUUCUGGUAGAUCACUGCAAAGUUUACGCUUAAAUCGUGUUAAGCAUCUUGCUCGCACAGUAAACAAUUCAGCAAAUUCUGUUAUGAAAGAGGCUACUGGUCAAAGUGACCAAAGUGGUGCAGAAGGUAUAGAAUAACUUAUUUCAACUGAAACUGCCAUGGGGAGGAGACACAGCUGGUAAUUAAUGAUGGCCUGAAACUUGUAUGAACUGUUCAUUUAAAGGAUGAACAUCUGUCUUGGCUAUUGAAGAGAGGGGACCUUUUACUUGGCCACAUGCAAAAAAUGAAGUUUGCUUAGCUCUUCUGAAGAGUUUCUGGAUUGAAGAUAUUGUUGUGCAGGAUGGAGAAAACGAAAAGGAAUUGCUUUACGGGCCAGGGCAUAGAUAAAUUGUUGGACAGGGCUGCAUGAUGUUAGAAUAACAUGACCAUAGAAAUAAUCAGAGACUGAAGCUUGAUUCUUCCACCUCAGCUGGGUGAAUUGUAUUGAUGCCUUUUUGCAAAUCCUAGGAACUUUGGGUUCAUUGACUGCACUUAUCUAUUUAUACGCAAAUAUUUAAUUUGAUUUUUUGGGAUGAUUCUUGCUGCUUGUUAUUUUGCUGUUGAGUAUUUCAAUGGCAUACUCAAGUUUAUUACAUCUUUCUGUGUGUUAUUUUUCUACAUUUUACACAGAAUUCAAACAAUUAUGGACCAUGUCAGUAUAUAUAAGCAAUAUAUUGUUGAAGAGA